GUUUAAACUUCUCAAAAUCUGACUGAGUUUCAAGCCCGAUUAAACCUCCACCAGGCUGCGGGUAUGGCGGCUGUCGUGUCUCUUAACACCACCUCAGGCACGGAUGAAGCUGCAGACAGCGGUCCAACUUUCGCCUCUCGGUCAUUUAGCGCAAACCACGACCUGCCUACCGAUAAAGAAAAUUUAAUGGCCGGGGAUCCCUACCUUUACUCCGAAUUCGCUCCGGGUGAAGAAAACACGACGUCGGGCCGGGAAUGUCAACGAAGGGUCGACCAGAAUUUGUCACCACUGAGUCCCGAAGAAAUUGAGAGCCGUUUGGAGAGAACUAGCCGGGAGUUUUACAACCGUAGAAAAAUAAUAAUAAAAAACUUACCCGCGGAUGUUACUAAUCAGGAGGUCCAUGAGCUGUUGGGAAGCUAUGAUCUGAGGUACUGCUUUGUUGACAAGUACAAGGGCACAGCAUUCGUGACGCUCCUCAAUGGCGAACAGGCCCAGUGCGCCAUCAAAGAGUUCCACCAGAUCAUGCUACGGGACAGGGAGAUCUCCGUGCAGCUACAGCCGACUGACGCCCUCCUCUGCAUCGCCAACUUGCCCCGGUCCUUCACGCAGCAGCAGUUUGAGGAGCUGGUGCGACCUUUUGGCAACCUUGAGCGUGGCUUCCUGGUUUACAGCGCCUCCACGGGCCACUCGAAAGGCUACGGCUUUGUGGAGUACAUGAAGAAGGACUCGGCGGCCAGGGCUAAAUCAGAGCUGUUGGGGAAGCAGCUGGGCUCCCGCAUGCUCUAUGUCCACUGGACUGAAGUGGGCUCGCUCACAUACCCGCAGCUGCACUCCAAGUGCCUAUGUGUAGACCGGCUGCCCCCGAACCUCCUGACAGCCCGGGAUCUCCGGAACGCUCUGGCUGACACCCAUGCACCGGUUUUCUGCCAGUUGGCUCAAGGCCAGGAUGGAAGCUUCCGGCGUUUUGCCGUGCUGGAGUUCGCCACUCCAGAGAUGGCUGAGGAGGCACAGCGACUCGGCGAUAGCAGGCUGCUGGGAGGGACACACAUCAGGGUGUCCUUCUGUGCCCCCGGCCCUCCUGGAAGAAGCAUGUUGGCUGCACUGAUCGCUGCACAAACAACGGCUGUGAACAGAGGAAAAGGUCUCCUCCCUGAUCCCACAGCUAUACAGAUCCUCACAGGUCUUAAUAACCCUGCCACCCUCAAGAUGCUGCUCAAUACUCUGUCACAGGGACACAAACAAGGCCUUCUCGGAGCCGUUCCCGCAGUGCCGCUGCUGGCCAACCCUGCCCUGUCAGCUGCCCUGCUGCAGCUGCUCCUUCAGCACCAGGCUAAGGCCCAGCAGCAAGCCUUUCUGGGAAAUCAUCUUCUCUGGGCUCAGGCAGGACUCAUCGGGGACAAUCCUCUGGCGGCUCUGCCCGUACAGCAGGGAGUCCAUCUGCUUGGAGAUCUCCCUCAAGGUGGUGUAGUCCCAGGACUGGGUCUGCAGUCAGAUGCUGUGCCCUCGAUGAAGCCAGUGCCACUUGGCAGAGGCCUGACGAGUGAGCAGGAUUCCCCCACAUCAGGGUCCAGCUUCCCUCAGACUCGGUCUCCCACCCUGCCAGGCAUUUCCUUACCUCUGAUGGCUGGCAUGGUGGGGGCAGAUGGUCUGACAGCCCAAGGGGUAUCUAUGCUGGGCGAUCUUCCUAAGGAGAUGAACUUUCCACAGAGCACCUUUCUGAAUGUCAACAAUGUUUUUCCUUCAGCAGCAAGCAGCAGACCCCACCCCUAUAGGAAGAGGCCUACACUAAGCAACGUGUCCAACCAGCACACGCAUCACAACAUGCAGCCAAAUUAUAACCUCCGUUACCAGGAUUCCUACAGCCCAGAGUAUCCUCCUCCUGUACAACAGGAUGCCUUGGCCUACUUGUACGAACAGCAGGAGAACCUCGAUGUUGGAGCUUUGGCAGGAUUUGGUCAGCAGUUUUCCCGUCAACUCAACUACUCCGAGCAGUUUCCCCACUACGCUUAUCCCAGCAGCUCGCCCGUCCCUUCAUACUUCAGCUCAGGACCAGAAGCUUCUAGAAAUGGCACCCUCCCUGCCACCCACCUCAACAAGGCUGUGGGAAUGCCUCCUGGAAGCCACAGUGCCCACUACCCUCCAGGCCUGGGGAAUGUUAUGAAGACACCAGUAAGUAGCCAGAAGCGCUUAUUUUCCCGGCUGAUCCCGUCUCCGGAGCCGAGCCCAGAGGGAGGUUACGUAGGCCAGCACUCCCAAGGUCUUGGUGGUCACUAUGCAGAUUCCUAUCUAAAGCGUAAGCGUAUAUUCUGAGUAUACUAAGUUUAGCAAUUUCACAUUCUGAACAAGCAGCAACUCCUGCUAAGCUCCCAUGGUUGUCCUUGGAUCUGUUUACUCCUGUGAGUGACCCCUGGAGGGCGCUGGGGAGUGCAGCCUGUUGUCUGGACAGUGGGAACUCUUUAUGGUGUGUGGAUUUUGUUUUGUUUUUUUUUUCUUCACUGCUCCAUGUAAGUGUGAUUUUCAUUUACCAUUUUGUAAAUUACCUUUUUAAAAAUUUAGUUUUUGUUUAACUUGUGUGGAAAAAAAAAAAAUAAGUAGCAAGUGUGAGUGUGCUAGAUACAGGUUGUUUUGGCUAGUUAACAGUGCUGCUUCUAGAACAUUUGGCUGUGGUACUGUCCACACUUUCUAAAGGGACGUGCAAAGCAUUCAGAAGAAGUUUUAUCUCAAAGGCUUUUUUAAUGGCCUUUUAAAUAUUGUAAAGAGUUGAAUUUGUUUUUUUCCCUACCACAUGGUUAUGUAAUUUACUGUAAAACUAGUUUCAGGCAGGUUUUUCUUUGCUCAACAUGCAGCUUUCCAUCCACCAAUGAUAGGUUGUAUGUGCCUGAUGUGUUAUGAAACAUCACUUUUUGAUUCUGGAAAUGUUUUCUGGGGGCCCUUUACCCCUUCUCACGUUGUUCAUCUUCUUGCUCCGACAUAUCUUCUGAAUCUGUUUUCAGCACUGGUUGUCCACCUGGGAGGGCAAAGGUCACUGUCCUAACCUGUUCUCACCUGUAAAAGUUAAUUUCUUACUCAUCUCUCCACAAAUUUUUAUUUUUUUGGGAUGGGGAGGGCUUGUUUUGUCGUAAAAUCAAACAUCACUACCUUCUUGGUAUAGUUUUGGAGGAUGUGGCUACCUAUAGAUGGAAAAGGACGUUUUGCACUCUCAUCAGAGGUUGGAAAACCUCUCUUGGUGAGCUUGAAUAUUGGAGGCAGCCUGUUAGUUUGUCAUUCUGUCUGGGGACAUACUAAUAGAAGCUAGUCACCGAUUAGUCUGUAGCAUAACUGUCCUCAUUUUUUCCUUUAAGUAAUUUAUGGUUGACGGGUUGAUUGUGAAAACUCAUUACCUCUGACUUUUAAAUGCAGCUAUACUUGAGCCUUAACAUUGUUUUCUGUGGUAAUCAUCCUACUCUGUGUUGGCUUCUAGCUACAUUUUCCAUUUCUGUCAUUUGCUGUGUAAAUAGUUGAAGCUUGAUUUCUUUUAAGUCCCGAGCGUAUUUUCUUUAUUCCUACCUGUGGUCAGGUUUUUUUUGUGUUCCUUUAUGUUUUUAAAUGAAUGUUCCUGCUUUGUGUUCUGGUUGUUGUUUCUGGUAUGUUUGAAAAACUGACAUUUUGAAGAGUGGAACUGCAGUAGACUGUUCAUGUUGUGUAUGGACCAAGAGAUGCAGCUGUAAAGUGUUUAUCAGCCAAUUAUAAGUAAGGUUUCACUGCUGUCCUCUCAUCUAUACCACCAUGAUUGUCUCCAUUUGUGUAUUGUGUGACGUGCGCAAGUAAAUGUUAUUUAAACCAUUUGCAA